GAAGCAGCGACCGAAAAAUCCUAUAUAAGCAAACGCAGCCGCACGUUGAAACCCUAGCGCUUUCUACCAAGCCACCUCUCUUCUCAAAAACCCUAAUCCAAACUCUCACUCAGCUCCAGCACUCGCCUCUACCACCCAGGUCACACAAUCCGGUUUCCGAAGCUUUGCAACGAUGUCAUCCGACGACGAGAGGGAGGAGAAGGAGUUGGAUCUCACAUCUCCUGAAGUUGUCACCAAAUACAAGAGUGCCGCUGAGAUUGUCAACAAGGCCUUGCAGCGAGUGAUUGCGGAAUGCAAGCCGAAAGCUAAGAUCGUCGACGUUUGUGAGAUUGGUGAUUCAUAUAUCAGAGAGCAAACCGGAAACAUGUACAAGAGUGCAAAGAAGAAGAUUGAACGCGGCGUAGCUUUCCCGACUUCCAUUUCUGUGAACAACACCAUAUGUCAUUUCUCUCCACUUGCCAGUGAUGAGACAGUGCUCGAAGAAGGGGAUCUCGUAAAGAUUGAUAUGGGUUGUCAUAUAGAUGGAUUCAUUGCCAUAGUCGCACACACACAUGCUAUUCAAGCAGGGGCCGUUACAGGAAGGGCUGCAGAUGUUAUCGCUGCUGCUAACACUGCUGCUGAAGUUGCCUUGAGGCUUGUUAAGCCAGGAAAGAAGAACAAAGAUGUAACAGAGGCGAUUCAAAAGGUUGCUGCUGCUUACGAUUGCAAAAUUGUUGAAGGUGUUCUUAGCCACCAGAUGAAGCAGUUUGUGAUAGAUGCAAACAAGGUCAUAUUGAGUGUAUCCAAUCCAGAGACAAGAGUUGAGGAGGCAGAGUUCGAGGAGAAUGAAGUUUAUGCUAUUGAUAUUGUAGCAAGCACAGGCGAAGGGAAGCCAAAGGUACUGGAUGAGAAGCAAACAACUAUAUACAAGAGAGCUGUGGACAAGAGCUAUCACCUGAAGAUGAAGGCCUCUAGGUUCAUUUUUAGUGAAAUUAGCCAGAAAUUUCCCCUUAUGCCAUUCACUGCAAGAGCUUUGGAAGAGAAAAGGGCUCGUCUGGGUUUAGUUGAGUGCGUCAACCAUGAUCUUUUGCAGCCAUACCCUGUGCUGCACGAGAAGCCUGGUGAUUUUGUCGCUCACAUCAAGUUCACCGUAUUGCUCAUGCCAAAUGGAUCAGACCGGAUUACAUCUCAUCCCCUACAGGAGCUCCAGCCCACAAAGCAAGUAGAUGAUCCUGAAAUCAAAGCAUGGUUGGCCUUGGGCACAAAGACAAAGAAGAAAGGUGGUGGGAAGAAGAAGAAAGGUAAGAAGGGUGAUAAAGUGGAAGGCUCGACAGAAGCUGAACCUAUGGAUGCUGAAACUCAAGGAUGAGUCGUGUCGCCGAAUCAUAUUUCAGUUUUGGUCUUUUUCUGCCCCCUUGUAUCUGGCUGGAUAUGAAUUAAUCUAAUGCAUAGUGUACUUUUCUAGCUGGAUUUUCUCUACUUUGCUUUCCUAGUACACUGCUUUCUUGUAUCUUGAGAUGCGAUGGUUGUUAGACUUUCAUUUUGACCCCUAUAAAUAUAAAAAAUCAACAGUUAAAUUA